AUGGCAGCCUGGACCCUCCUCUUGCUGCUUUCGGGAGCCCUGGCCCUGACCCAGACCCGGGCGGGCUCCCACUCCCUGAGGUUUAUCGACACCGCCAUGUCUCAGCCUGGUCGCGCGAAGCCCUGGUACAUCGCUGUCUACCACGUGGAUGACACGCCGAUCAUUGGGUUCGACAACGACGCCACGAAUCCGAGGAUGGAGCCGCGGGCGCCGUGGUUGGAGCAGGAGAGGCCGGAGUAUUGGGACCUGGAGACACGGGACGCCAGGGCCAACGCACAGAAUCACCAAGUGGGCCUGAGGAAUCUGCGCAGCUACUACAACCAGAGCGACUCCAGGUCUCACACCUACCAGGGGGUAUCAGGAUGCUACUUGGGGCCGGAUGGGCGCCUCCUCCGCGUGUACCGGCAGCACGCGUAUGAUGGCAAGGAUUACAUCUCCCUGAAUGAGGAUCUGCGCUCCUGGACUGCGGCGGACGUGGCCGCUCAGAUUACCCAGCGCAAGUGGGAGGAGGAGGGGGAGGCGGAGCGCUUUGUGGCCUUCCUAGAAGGGGAAUGCGUGGAGUGGCUCCUCCAAUACCUGGAGAAGGGGAAGGAGAAGCUGCAGUCCGCAGUGCCUCCCAAGACACAUGUGACUGGCCACCACAUCGCUCACCAUGAAAUUAUACUGAAGUGCUGGGCCCUGGGCUUCUACCCAGCAGAGAUCACCCUGACCUGGCAGCGGAAUGGGGAGGAUCAGACCCAGGACAUGGAGUCUGUGGAGACCAGGCCUGCAGGGGACGGGACGUUCCAGAAGUGGGUGGCCAUCGUGGUGCCCACUGGAGAGGAGCAGAGAUACACAUGUGAUGUGCAGCACGAGGGCCUGCCGGAGCCCCUCACCCUGAGAUGGGAGUCCCGUUCUCAGUUUACCACCCUUAUUGUGGGAAUCAUUGCUGGUUUGGUCCUCUUUGGAGCUGUGGUGGCUGGAGCUGUGAUCUGGAGGAAGAAGAGCUCAGGUAGAGAUGGUGUGGGGAGCUACAUUCAAGCUGCAAAUAGCAGUAGUGGCCAGAGCUCUGAUGCGUCUCUCUUGGCUUCUAAAGGUGAAACCCUGGAGGGCUUGAUUUAG